GCGGCCUCGGCCCCGAGCGGGCCGGUGCGGGGCUGUGGAGGCUGUUGCUAUCGUUAUCGCUAUUGUUGCUCCGCCUCGUGUCGUGAUAGAGCGCGGAGGUUGCGUGCGACGCGGCUCCGUGCGCCCGGUACCUGCGCUUCGGGGAUGGGUGUCCUCCUGCUGCUCCCCGGGAUCCUCAGGAUCUUCCAGAAAUGAAAAUUUAGAAGGGAAUUUGCCAAAUAAAGAAGAUGGGAGCAAAUAGCAGCAGCAUCAGCGAGCUUCCAGAAAAUGAGUACUUGAAGAAAUUAUCAGGAGCAGAGCCCAUCUCUGAGAAUGACCCGUUCUGGAAUCAGCUGCUGUCCUUCAGCUUUACCACCCCAACGAACAGUGCUGACUUAAAGCUCUUGGAAGAAGCCACAGUCUCAGUGUGCAGGUCCUUAGUUGAGAAGAAUCCUCGUACAGGAAACCUUGGGUCGUUGAUUAAAGUCUUUCUGUCUAGAACCAAAGAGUUAAAAAUUUCAGCAGAAUGCCAGAAUCACAUCUUCAUCUGGCAGGCCCACAAUGCACUGUUUAUUAUUUGCUGUUUGCUGAAAGUGUUCAUCAGUCAAAUGACAGAAGAGGAGCUCCAGCUUCAUUUUACUUAUGAAGAGAAAGCACCAGGCUCAUAUGGAACAGAGUGUGAAGACCUCAUAGAAGAGUUGCUGUGUUGCCUCAUCCAGCUCAUUGUUGAAAUUCCCCUAUUAGAUAUUACAUACAGCAUCUCCCUGGAAGCUGUGACAACUCUCAUAGUCUUCCUCUCCUGCCAAUUAUUCCACAAAGAAAUUCUACGAGAGAGCGUCAUUCACCGAUACCUGAUGCAAGGUCGAUGCCUCCCGUACACCAGCAGGCUUGUGAAAACUUUACUGUAUAAUUUCAUCAGGCAAGAGAGGAGCCCUCCUCCAGGGACCCACGUUUUUCAGCAGCAGACGGAUGGAGGAGGAUUGCUUUAUGGAAUUGCAUCCGGAGUGGCAACUGGCCUGUGGACGGUCCUCACGCUGGGUGGGGUGGGGAGUAAACCCACGCCACAGCUGGAGCAGUGCUCGCCACUCGCUAACCAGAGCCUGCUGCUUCUGCUUGUCUUGGCUAAUCUGACUGAUGCUCCAGAUACACCAAAUCCCUACAGGCAAGCUAUUAUGUCCUUCAAGAACACACAAGAUAGCACCGCUAUUUCAUCAUCAAAUCCACACGCUUUCCAGAUUAAUUUUAACAGUUUAUACACAGCGUUGUGUGAGCAGCAGAAAUCAGAUCAAGCAACUCUUCUUCUAUACAUGCUUCUGCAUCAAAACUGCAACGUGCGGACGUAUGUGUUGGCACGCACAGACAUAGAAAAUCUUGUUCUGCCAAUUCUUGAAAUCCUGUAUCACGUUGAAGAAAGGAAUUCACACCAUGUUUACAUGGCUCUUAUCAUUUUGUUGAUCCUUACGGAAGACGAUGGCUUCAACCGAUCCAUUCAUGAAGUGAUAUUGAAAAAUAUCACUUGGUACGCUGAGCGUGUCUUAACAGAGAUCUCGCUUGGGAGUCUCCUGAUCCUAGUUGUGAUAAGAACCAUCCAGUACAACAUGACACGGACAAGGGACAAAUACCUUCAUACAAAUUGUCUAGCAGCCUUGGCAAAUAUGUCAGCGCAGUUCCGCUCACUUCAUCAGUACGCUGCUCAGAGGAUCAUCAGUUAUACCUGCCGCCACUUGCGGAGAUAUGUGUAUGUCUUGGACAAACUGUAUUUCCCCCACUCUCACUGCUCUACGCUGCAGCAUUGCUUCUCGACCCUCAGUGACAAUGGAGAGGAACUCUUGUCUUUAACUUGUUCUCACAUUCUCAGAUCCUAUGCUUCCAGUUUGUUUUCUUUGUUGUCUAAAAAACACAACAAAGUGCUGGAGCAAGCCACGCAGACCUUAAGAGGUUCCCUUGGAUCAAAUGAGGCACCACUUCCUGAUUAUGCGCAAGACCUGAAUGUGAUAGAGGAAGUGAUUCGAAUGAUGUUGGAGAUCAUCAACUCCUGCCUGACCAAUUCCCUUCAUCACAACCCAAACUUGGUGUACGCGCUGCUUUACAAGCGGGAUCUGUUUGAGCAGUUUCGAACUCACCCUUCCUUCCAGGACAUAAUGCAAAAUAUAGAUCUGGUGAUCAGCUUUUUUAGCUCUCGAUUAGAGCAAGCUGGAGCUGAGCUGUCAGUGGAGCGAGUUCUGGAAAUCAUCAAGCAAGGAGCUGUUGCUUUACCCAAAGACAGGCUAAGAAAGUUCCCUGAGCUGAAGUUCAAGUAUGUGGAGGAGGAACAGCCUGAAGAGUUCUUCAUCCCCUACGUCUGGUCCUUGGUCUACAACUCCGCUGUGGCCCUGUACUGGAACCCGCAUGACAUCCAGCUCUUCACUAUGGACUCCGGCUGAAGGAGGUGCCCCAGCCAAGCCAACUCAACUCAGUCUUCUUACAAAAAAAACAAAACUCCACACCGCGUGUUAAUACGUGACCCCUUCCAGCGUGCACCCUCUGACCCCAAAGCUUAUGGAGAAUGAAGCUUGUUGCUCGUGUACAGUCCAGUAACAAUGUUUUGGAAGCAGAUUGCCGCUGACACGCUGGCAACAGACUGUGGUGUGAGAAACUGAUGGCUUGUAGGCUACCUUGUAUUUAUAGUCCUAUAACCUAGAGCUUGUUUGAUGAAAAUGAGGCCUUAAACACGGGGAAUGAUGUUACUACCAACCACAAACCUGAUUGUUCUUUUAACUUAACAGGGUAGAUGAGGAAAGAGAUUGCAGACUUUGAUUUGGAAGUAGCGUUUGUAUUUUCGUUUCUUUCAAGCGAGACAGCUUUGUUGGGUCAAGCUUUCUAUGGUCUGUUGGAUUCUGCCCUGGGCUGGUUGUUCCCUAAUCCCAUGCUUUCACUCAUAGCCCUUUAAUUCAAUGGCACUGUUAAGGCUGCAGUCAUUAAAUUGGUGUCUGCGCGGUCGUCCAAGUGAACUAGCAAGUGGCAUAUUAAUCAGAUUAGCUCCCAGGCAGAUUCAGAACACUUGAUCUAGAUGUCAGAAUGUUUGUGGGAGGAUUUUCAAUAGCAAGGCCUUUUGGUUUUUUGUUUGACUGGCAAAUAUUUUGCAAAGGGCUAGGAACACCAGCUUUCAGAGUUAGGUCCCUUACAGACUUGCUUUAUGCUGCUUCUGUGCAGAAGUUGUUCCUGGAAAUUGAAUGGGGGGAAUCUCCAAAGAAAAUAGUUACAAGAGUUUAAAGGAGACGAAUCUCCUGUAAAAAAUGUGUGCAGUAGUGGCAUUGGGGAUCCUUGGCAAAUUUUGUGUUGAAAAUCCCCUCUUUGCUAUUAAAGAUUUUACGGCAGAAGUAUAAAUUUACCUGAAUGUAGAAUACUUUUCCUUUUUUUGUUGGUUUAAAGUGUCCUUUCCUGAUAUACCUGUUUCUGCAGUUGGAAGAACAAAAGAAUUGGCUUGGCCUGGUUUUGAGAGAACAUCUAACUUUUCAAAAUGGGGAUAAUUUCUUCUCUGGGGAGGCUCCUGAGGGUGCCCGUUGCACACGCAUGCAAACACUCUAAUCCCACAUGCUGCUGUGUGGAGGAUUGUCACCAGUGCAUUGCAUGCCAAAACAUAAAUAUCAAGGAAUUAGCUCCUAAACAUACAUAGCAACCCCCUGUAUUCACUGCCUGCUUCAGCAUGUUCGGUUUAUUGACCUGAAGAAUCGGGUGCAUUUGCUUUCGGUGGCUUUAAAUAGGAUUUCUUGCACCCUUUUCUUUUUCCCUGAAGGAUGCGCUAGGAUUGUACUUCCUUUUAUCUGCUUAUUUAGAGGUGGAAGUCCAUUUGAGUCCUACACAAAUGGAAAUGCUGGCUUUAAAAAAUAAAAAAAAAAAAAAUGAAAGCUUUCAGAUUUAUUUAAAUAUAGCUACAAAGUGACAUAGACAGCCCAGGAGCAUUUAGGAUGUUAAAAUGGCAGCAGCUUUUGAGAAAAGGCAAUACUACAACUGGGGAUACAAUUUUUCUAAGGAAAAUAUGAGAAAUUAAUGAACCAUUACUGAUCUGCACAUAAGUUUAUGCUGUGUUUUGGAUUUGUUUGGGUUGGUUUUUGGGUUUUUUUUUUUUUGUCUUUUAGCAAACAUCAAAGGGGAAUGACUCUUUUUUGUUAUUGUAGUGAUUUGUGAUAUUUUCUUUAUUAAAAGACUAAGAGUGUUUGUGAGUCGGCAGGGCUGCCCAGCCUUUGGAAAGGUCAGUCUGAAAAUGCACUUUUGAACUGUGGAAGUUAUGGGGAUGGCUCGGUUUGCAUCUGUUUUAAACUGCCGUGAGCCCUUGACCCUGCCCGAGGUGAGCACCCUCCACCCCGCUGCCUUCAGCAGAAGCAGAGCACUUCAUAUCCAGAGCAGAAGCUCAUCAGCUCGGUUUCAACCUGAAAAGAAGCUGAUUUUAUUUUGAAAGGUCUCUUUUAUCAAGAGCAGGGUAUGUAAAGCACUGAUCUGAUAGAAUAGGUCAAACCAGCUGCUGAAUCUAUACAGGAGUCGCACAGUAAAUUGUUUCUUGCCCUUCUCUUGUUGUGAUGACACUGAAUUGAAGUACAGAACAAACAGGUUUGUUCUGAUCAUGUAAUUUCCUUGUGCAUUGAAUAAAUGUGCAAUGCUCCCAGGGCCCUGCUGGUUUGGAACAGCUGGAGUCACAAUCGAAAGCUGAUAGAGCAGAGCCAGAUCAAGAUUUAUGCUAAAAUCCAUGCUAGCCCCAUUGGUUCUUCCAAGACUUUGAGCAUUGCGUGGGUCUGACAGUGUCCUGAAGUCUGCAGUCUGGCACGGUCACAAAUACUCUGUUCUCUUUUUUCCUUCAGAUCUGUAAAAUAUCACCUUAGGGAUCCUUUUCAUUACUUUGUGUGAAGGAUUUAUUACGCGUAAUAAAAAAAGAAAUUUA